AUGAGACUUGCAACAGUUGCAUCGACGCUGCUGGCCAUCGUCGCAGCGGUCGACACAACCGUGGACUUGGGGUACAGCAGAUACAAAGGCAUCUCCCAAGCAAAUGGUGUCAGUCAAUGGUUGGGCAUCCGCUUCGCCGCACCACCAGUUGGCGACCUUCGGUUUGCGCCGCCCAAGGAUCCCGAGCGCACAAGCCAGCUACAGCCCGCCAACAAGUAUGGCAAGGCAUGUCUGGCCACCGACGCAAAUCCCAACGACGAAGGCACCGCUGAAGACUGUCUGUUCCUCGAUGUCCAGGCGCCGACCAACGUAUCGGCUGACGCCAAGCUCCCUGUCUUCAUCUACAUCCAGGGCGGCGGUUUCAAUGUCAACUCCAACACCAAAAUCAAUGCCUCGGGGCUAAUUGCCGCGAGCGACUUUGGCAUCGUAGUCGUCAGUUUCAACUACCGCGUUGGGCCGUACGGCUUCCUCAGCAACAGCGGCGACGACGCCAACGCCGUCAUGCCCAACAAUGGCCUGCGCGACCAGCUCAAGGUCAUGCUAUGGGUGCAGGACCACAUCGCCAAGUUUGGUGGCGACCCCGAUCAUGUCGUCGUAGGAGGCUCCAGUGCCGGUGCCGAGAGUGUCGCCCUCCACCUGACCGCCAACUACAGCACCGACUCUAAACUCUUCCAUGGGGCCAUCGCCGAGUCUCCCUCCUUCGCCACGAUGCUCACCGUGGACGAGGCGGGGUAUCAGUAUCGCCAUCUAGCUGCCCGCUUGGGCUGUGUCGUCCCAGAUAGCCUGGCCUGUCUGCGCAACAAGACGGCCGUCGAGCUUCAGGCACACAACUUCAACAUUCCGCUGCCAAAUGCUGCAUCAGCGCCAGAGUACAUGUACCUGCCGACUAUUGAUGGCGAGCUCGUGCCCGACUACACGUACCGCCUUCUCGAGCAGAGACGCUUCCUACGCGUCCCUACCAUCUUUGGAGACGACUCCAAUGGCGGGACCAAAUUUGCGCCGCGCAACACCUCGACUCUCGCGCAGAGCAACUCUUACAUGCUGGAUCAGUACCCGUUCAUGACCAUCGAGCAGCUGAUCGAGGCGAACAAACUGUAUCCGAACCCAAACACGACGUGUCCACACAAGGGAUGCUACUGGCGGCAGCUCAGCAACGUGUACGGCGAGGCGCGCUACAUGUGUCCUGCAAGGGCAUUCACAUCGGCUCUUUCGCAGUCCGGCGUGAGUCGCUCGUUUGCCUACCGGUGGAAUGUCGAGGACCCGGCGCAAAUGGCCGAGGGGCUUGGCGUGCCUCACACGGUCGAGCUGAGCGCGCUCUGGGGACCUGAGUACGCGCCCAAGCCUCCCAGGAGUUAUGAGAAGGGUGGCGUGAACGAGCGUGCCUCACCGGUCAUGCAAUGUUACUGGGUCAAUUUCAUCAAGCACUACGAUCCUAAUGCUGGGAAGGGUUGCACGAGCGAGGACACAGCGCGAUGGGAGCCAUGGUCGCCGCGCAGGCAGAGCAGGAUCGUGUUUCAGACGGCAGGCAAGACACAGAUGGAGCCAUUUGGGCAGGCGCUGAACGCUCGAUGUGACUUUUGGGCCAAGUACGGUACUGCGCAGCGGUUGUGA